UUGUCCUAUGGUCGAGUUUCUCAAAUCCAGAUCCCUCCCUUAAAAGGAACUAUCUGUAUUGCUCUUUUACACCUGACAAAUACUAUAGAAUAUGUUCGUUUCGCACUGACUUUUUGUGUAUUCUGGAAGCGUAAAUCUUUAGUACUCUUUAUUGUAGCAGAACUUGUUUGCCCAGUGCUUGUUACAUUGCAGGUCGAGGUUGAUUUCACUUCCCGAUCUUGCACGGGAAGUGGUAAUUGUAGCAAAGAAAAUCAGAUUUUCAUAAUGGCACGCCCAGCUGCUGGUGCCAGCAAUCCGGGGCUCAAACAGAUAGAUCUUGAUCAGAUCUGGGGUGACCUCAGGGAUGGAAUUCAAGAAGUAUAUAAUCGGCAAGGAAUGCCCAAGACACGUUAUAUGGCAUUAUAUACUCAUGUGUACAAUUAUUGCACGAGUGUGCAUCAAAAUCAGACACGCACCUAUAAUUCAAAGCCUAAAACAAAAUCAGGUGUGGGAUCGGGAGGUGCUCAACUUGUGGGACUUGAACUUUAUGUGAAACUUAAAGGAUUUUUGAAGACUUAUCUUGUCAAUCUUCUGAAGGAAGGAAAGGAUUUGAUGGAUGAAGAUGUCUUGCAAUUCUACACGAAGCAGUGGGAGGAAUACCAAUUUAGCUCUCGUGUUCUGAACGGUGUUUGUGCUUACUUAAACAGGCAUUGGGUAAGGAGAGAGUGUGAUGAAGGAGGCAAAGGAAUUUAUGAAAUAUAUCAACUGGCUUUGGUGACUUGGCGAGACAACUUAUUCCAACAAUUGAAUAAGCAGGUAACAAAUGCAGUAUUGAAACUGAUAGAAAGAGAACGCAAUGGUGAGACAAUAAAUACCAGACUUGUGAGUGGUGUCAUUAACUGCUACGUUGAACUGGGCUUACAUGAGAAUGAGCCUGGUGCCAAAGGACCAAAUCUUUCUGUAUACAAAGAGUCCUUUGAAAAUGUCUUCUUAGAAGACACGGAAAGAUAUUACACAAGAGAAAGCACAGAUUUUCUGCAACAGAACCCAGUGACAGAAUAUAUGAAGAAGGCAGAGCAGAGAUUACUUGAAGAACAGAAACGUGUGCAAGUGUAUCUUCAUGCCACGACCCAUGAUAGGCUUUCCAAAACAUGCGAGAGAGUGCUCAUAGAGAGACACCUAGAAAUCUUCCACCAAGAAUUCCAAACUUUACUUGAUUCUGAUAAAGAAAAUGAUCUUGGUCGUAUGUUCAAUCUGGUUGCUAGAAUUCCUGAUGGUUUGGGUGAACUGCGUCAUUUGCUUGAAGCUCACAUUGCUCAUCAAGGUCUCUCAGCAAUAGAUACAUGUGGUGAUGCUGAGGGCAAUGAUCCUAAAAUCUAUGUCAACACGAUUCUUGAGGUGCACAAAAAAUACAAUGCCUUGGUGCUUACUGCUUUCAACAAUGAAGCUGGUUUCGUUGCUGCUCUUGAUAAAGCCUGCGGCCGAUUCAUAAAUAAUAAUGCUGUGACAAAAUGUGCAAACACAUCAAGUAAAAGUCCUGAGCUACUUGCCAAGUACUGUGAUCUGCUUCUGAAGAAGUCAAGCAAAAAUCCCGAAGAAGCUGAACUCGAGGACACCUUAAACCAAGUUAUGGUAGUUUUCAAGUACAUUGAAGAUAAGGAUGUGUUCCAAAAGUUCUACAGUAAGAUGUUAGCCAAAAGAUUGGUUCAGCACAUGUCUGCUAGUGAUGAUGCUGAAGCAUCAAUGAUCUCAAAACUGAAGCAAGCAUGUGGAUUUGAAUACACAUCAAAGUUACAAAGAAUGUUCCAGGAUGUUGGUGUUUCAAAAGACUUAAAUGAGGCUUUCCGAAGACACCUGGUUAAAGUCAAUGAACCCCUGGAUAUUGAUUUCAGUAUUCAAGUUUUGUCAUCAGGCUCAUGGCCAUUCCAACAGUCUACUAGUUUCUCUCUUCCUACUGAGCUUGAAAGGAGUAUUCACAGGUUCACAAAUUUCUAUGGUUCUCAGCAUAGUGGUCGCAAGCUUAAUUGGCUGUAUAAUAUGUCCAAGGGAGAGUUAGUUGCCAAUUGUUUCAAAAACAGAUAUACCUUGCAAGCCUCAACAUUCCAAAUGGCCGUACUACUGCAGUAUAAUGGAGGCUUGUCUUGGUCGCUCCAGCAGCUUCAGGAACUCACUCAGUUGAAGGCUGAGUUUACUUUGCAAGUUGUUCAAAUACUUCUGAAAGCUAAGCUGUUGCAGUCAAGUGAUGAUGAGACUAACCUUCAACCCAGUUCAUUAAUUGAACUGAAUACUCAGUACAGAAACAAAAAACUGAAAGUUAACAUCAAUAUUCCUAUUAAGGCUGAACUGAAAGUGGAGCUAGAAACAACUCAUAAACACAUUGAAGAGGACCGCAAACUACUUAUUCAAGCUGCUAUUGUCAGAAUUAUGAAAAUGCGGAAGAUGUUAAAACACCAACAGCUUGUGGCUGAAGUACUCAACCAGCUAUCAACCCGGUUUAAGCCUCGCGUCCACGUUAUAAAGAAAUGUAUUGACAUUUUAAUAGAAAAGGAAUACCUGGAACGCACUGAGGGCCAGAAGGACACUUACAGCUAUUUAGCAUAAGUAAUUGCUUUAUGAAGGACUAUUAGGCUGUAUUAGCCUUGGUGUGUGUGAUCUGACCUUUGAAUAUUAUGUCGUGUGAUAAGUUUUAUCAUUAUUUCUGUGACACACAGUGCAUUAUUCAAUGGGCAAUUGUUUAUUCCUGUGUUUGUGAUUUCUCUCUGUUUGGAAAAAUACAACCCCAUGUUUACUUAUGAACCUACGUUUUCAAUCAGCCAUCCACAUAUAGAGUGGUAUACAGGGCGUCAAGAAGUAGUUGUCAGGGUAGAACAAAUGGCAUAUCUAGUGGGUUAGGUGCAGGCUUACGACCAUCAGGUACUUAAGUCAACAAAACAGUUCAGCUGCUGCCAGUUGGCAGCCACAUAGUAGCAAGAACUACUUGCACUGUUUUGUUAAAUUUAUAACAUCUCCUAAGGUCUAUUGAAAGUUGUGUCUUGUAUGGUUUGUGCCUCAAAUAUGGUUGUACAUUAAGCCCACCAGGUACAUCAUCCCUUCUACUCUUGCCCCCACUUCCUGAUACUCUGUAUCAUGAUAAAAGUCUUGAGGUUUAGUCAACUUCGCUGUUCAUACGAGUGCAUCCUCACUCAACCAACCCUAAUGUAAAUAUUAGUGCAUAACUUUGUUUUAAGGUAGAAAAUUAAUUGUUGAUUUACUAUAUUAUGUUACUUUGUUUACCUUGAGAAUAUAUAGCUGUAUUGUAUUUCAUGAAAUUUUAGGCUGUAUUUUGUGUAGUACAUUUUAAGUAGAAGUUUAUUCCCGGAUGAGAUUGACCCGGUUUUCAACGCAAAUCUCUUUGUAAAAAGUUAAAGAAAGAAUUUUUAAAACAUACAGUGUGUUUAGUUAUCAAAAUUUUUUGUCAGCAGCGUUAUAUUUCUCCUACUUAUGGGUGGUUGUGAUGAAUCUGAUGAAUCAUAAUAAUCAAUAACCUUAUUUCUGCCCAGUUUCAUUUCUGUUUGUGAUGCUAUUUUCAUGUAAAUUGCAAAGUGGUAAGAAGAAAAAUCUACUUUUUUGUAAAAUUUUGUGUACUUGUUAUGAAGGAUGGAGUUCUCAAGAUUUAGUGAUAAUACUUUGUCCUUUUUUUUAUAUUUUGUUUCUGACUUUAUUUGUAAGUGCAGGGAAAGGAAGGCAAUAUUUUGUUGCUAUGUUGUCAGGCUGUAGAAUUGCAACAUUUAUCAUAAUUACCAUGCACAAUGCUUCCUUUGACAUCAGCUGAGUGUAUAUAUUGCCCUUCAUAGAUAUUUAGUUAUUUUUCAACUUCAUGAGGCCUACCUGUCACAUUGUUGUACUUGUAACUUUGUUUAAAUCAUCCUUUCUGCCUUAUGAGUUUAUCCAUAUUAUCCAUGGUCAGAGACGAACACUUUUUUGGUCAUGUUUUAAUACCCCUAAUGGCUUUUAUUGAUCUACCUUACUAUCAAGGUGUUUUUUUUCCCUUCUACUUCUUGUUUUCUUUUUCUUUUUUUGUACUAAUGUCAACUUAAAUGCCAAGUUUUUGAUCAACUUAGACUUGUUUUCAAAAUGAGAAACACAUUUGUUCUAAGAUUUACUGUUGUGACGUUUAGGACUGCAUGUGUGUUGUCAUUGCAUAAAAUCUUCACAAUGUGCGUUUUGUAUGUCCUCCAGACUACUUAUGCUGUUGUACUUGUAAAAUCUCAGGCCAGUGAGUAAUAUAAUUUUAGAGUUCUCUUA